UAAAAAGGAAAAUGAAAAUGGCAAGUGAGAAAAAGAUAGGAAUAUUUUGCAUUGCAGUAGCAUCAUUAGUUAUGGUAUCUGUGGGAUCCCUGCAACAAGAUGAACAGGAUUGUGCAGAUCAGCUAACAAAUCUUGCAUCUUGCAUUCCUUUUGUGAGUGGCACGGCCAAAAAGCCAACACCAGAGUGCUGCCAAGACACCCAGAAACUCAAAUCCACUAAGCCAAAAUGUUUGUGUGUUCUUAUCAAGGAAAGUUCUGACCCCUCCGUGGGUCUCCCUGUCAACACCACUCUUGCCCUUCAAAUGCCUUCUGUUUGCAAUAUAGAUGCCAAAGUCUCUGAUUGCCCAACUAUAUUGAAUCUCCCACCAGAUUCUCCAGACGCAAAGAUCUUCAAAGAAGCAGCUGGUAUUUCAGAUUCUACAACCACAUCAUCAAAAGAUUCUCCACCUGCUUCUUCUGGAUCCUCAGCAUCAACAUCAACGUCUUCUUCUUCUGAAACCAGUACUACGUCAAGCUCUGAUUCUAAGGCAACUCCAAGCAACAACAAUGGACCAAAGGCGAACCAGGUGUUUUGGGGAGGGAUAAUAAUGUCUUUCAGUGCAUGGAUUUUCUUUUACUAGUAGUAAAAGGCAACUGAAAAAUAAUGACAGGAGCCCUACCUUGUCUUGUUCCUAUGGAUUAAG